AUGGCUGGAGCCGAGGAGCAGCUCCGAGCUCUGGCCAACCGGAGAGCCCCGUCUGAUAGGGCUCCAACAUUCCUGGCCCUGGGAAUUACGGAACGGGAGGCGGCGGCCCCGGAGGCCCCGGAGGAGGUGGAGGCGGCCCCGGAGGCCGGAGCGGGCGGGGAUGAGAAGAGGAAGAAGAAGAAGAAGAACAAGAGGAAAGCCGCGGCUGCUGCGGAAGGGGAUACAGAAACUAAAAAAGCCAAAACUGAAGAAGAUGAACCUGUUCAGGUAGAAGAUGAGGAUAAGCAGGAUUCUGGAGAGAAAGAAGUGGAAGAGGAAGAGGGGGACGAGGAGGAGGAUGAAGUGCCCAGCUUACCACUGGGUGUAACAGGUGCUUUUGAAGACAAUUCUUUUGCUUCCCUGGGUGGUGUUGUCAGUGAGAAUACUUUGAAAGGCAUAAAUGACAUGGGUUUUACGCACAUGACUGAAAUUCAGCAUAAAAGUAUUAAGCCACUUCUGGAAGGCAGGGAUAUUUUGGCAGCUGCAAAGACAGGCAGUGGCAAAACACUCGCGUUUCUUAUUCCUGCAGUAGAGCUCAUCUACAAGCUAAAAUUCAUGCCUAGAAAUGGAACGGGUGUUAUUAUUCUCUCUCCUACCCGAGAGCUUGCUAUGCAAACCUAUGGAGUUCUUAAAGAACUUAUGAACCAUCAUGUUCACACCUAUGGUCUGAUAAUGGGGGGCAGUAAUAGAUCAGCAGAAGCACAGAAACUUGGAAAUGGCAUCAACAUCAUUGUAGCAACACCAGGAAGAUUGCUGGAUCAUAUGCAGAACACUCCAGGUUUCAUGUAUAAGAACUUGCAGUGUUUGGUAAUUGAUGAGGCAGAUCGUAUCUUGGAGGUUGGAUUUGAAGAAGAAAUGAAACAGAUCAUAAAGCUUCUACCAAAGCGCAGACAGACAAUGCUUUUUUCUGCUACACAAACCAGAAAGGUUGAAGAUCUGGCAAAGAUCUCUCUGAAGAAAGAGCCACUAUAUGUUGGGGUUGAUGAUAACAAGGAGACAGCAACAGUAGAUGGUCUUGAACAGGGGUAUGUAGUGUGUCCAUCUGAGAAAAGAUUCCUUUUGCUCUUCACAUUCCUCAAGAAGAACCGAAAGAAGAAACUAAUGGUAUUUUUUUCUUCAUGUAUGUCUGUGAAGUACCACUAUGAAUUACUCAACUAUAUCGACCUGCCAGUUUUGGCCAUUCAUGGCAAGCAGAAACAAACCAAACGUACUACAACAUUUUUCCAGUUCUGUAAUGCAGAAUCUGGAAUUCUGCUGUGCACUGAUGUAGCUGCAAGAGGACUGGAUAUUCCUGAAGUUGACUGGAUUGUCCAGUAUGACCCUCCAGAUGAUCCAAAAGAAUAUAUUCAUCGUGUUGGCAGAACUGCCAGAGGCAUAAAUGGUAGAGGACACGCUCUGCUCAUUUUACGGCCAGAAGAACUGGGCUUCCUUCGCUACCUUAAACAGGCCAGGGUGCCACUAAGUGAAUUUGAAUUUUCCUGGUCAAAAAUUUCAGACAUCCAGUCUCAGCUGGAGAAACUGAUUGAGAAGAACUACUUCCUUCACAAGUCAGCCCAGGAAGCAUACAAAGCUUACAUUAGAGCUUAUGACUCCCAUUCUCUGAAGCAGAUCUAUGAUGUCAAUAACUUGGAUCUUCCCAAAGUCAGCCUUUCGUUUGGUUUUAAAGUUCCUCCAUUUGUUGACCUCAAUGUCAACAGCAACCAUGGCAGAAGACUACAGAAAAGAGGUGGAGGUGGGGGCUUUGGUUACCAGAAACCAAAGAACGUCCACAAAGCUAAGAUCUUCAAAAACAUUAGCAAGAAAUCGGAUCAUCGGCAGUUCUCUCGUUAG